UUCUUACUCUUCCUCUACUCGUUCGUACCUCUUUUCGUCAUGGCCUUUUUAUAGAUCCUUGGCUUCUAGGAUUCUGGUGCUUUUCUGCUUUAUUCUUUCGCUUUGAUGGAUUCUUUACUUCUUUAGCAGGAGCAAAGCAUAAAGAUGGCUCAAUCUUGUUUAACGAAUUUAAAGGCCAGGGUUCUCUUUGAGACUUGCUCACCACCGCAUGUUACUUCUUUGUCGUCAGUUGCGGUCUUUGGUUCAAGGAAAAUGGGGUCCAAAUUGUGUUGUACUAGGUCUUUUAGCCCAAGAGAUAAAAUUCGCAAUGUGACCAGGCAAACUGAGAAGAUUGGGCGUGGGAGUCCAAAUGUUUAUGGUCAGCAGGCCCAAGAAAGCAUGAUUGAGAAUGAGAUGACUGAAGUUUUAGAGAUCAGCCCAACUCUGAAAUCCUCUCCUGGGAAACCCUCUCCACUUGGGGUAUCAGAAACUGAAAAUGGUAUAAAUUUCGCGAUUUUCUCUCAGCAUGCGUCAUCUGUCACUCUUAGCUUGUCACUGCCUGAAGGGUACUUUGAACAGUUGGAACAAGACACUGUGAUAGUGGAGAUCAACUUGGAUCCACAUGUAAAUAAGAGUGGAGACAUAUGGCAUAUCUGUGUGGAGGAUUUGCCAAGAUAUGGUGUUUUAUAUGGAUACCGUGUUGGGGGCCCCCAUGGAUGGCAGCAAGGGCACCGUUUUGACUCCAACAUCAUUUUGCUGGAUCCAUAUGCAAAACUAGUUGAAGGUCGUCGGGUCUUUGCCGACUCCAGCAAUAAGAUGUCCAAAUUUUUGGGUACAUAUGAUUUUAAUUGCUUGCCCUUUGAUUGGGGUUCUGAUUACAAGCUUCCUAAUAUCCCAGAGAAAGAUCUUGUUAUUUAUGAAAUGAACGUUCGUGCAUUUACUGCUGAUGUAUCAAGUGAACUUGAUCCAAAUUUACGUGGGAGCUAUCUUGGCGUCAUUGAAAAGAUUCCACAUCUUCUAGAGCUUGGCAUCAACGCGGUGGAACUAUUGCCUGUUUUUGAGUUUGAUGAGUUUGAACUUCAGAGGCAUCCAAACGCUAGAGACCACAUGGUCAACACCUGGGGUUAUUCUACCUUAAAUUUCUUUGCUCCUAUGAGUCGUUAUGCGAGCAGUGGGAGAGGGCCUCUAGCAGCAUCUAUAGAGUUCAAACAAAUGGUCAAGGCUUUGCAUGCUGCAGGAAUUGAGGUAAUUUUGGAUGUGGUCUAUAAUCAUACAAAUGAAGCAGAUGAUAAGAUCCCCUACACUACUUCCUUCCGUGGGAUAGAUAAUAAAGUUUAUUACAUGUUGGAUCUUAAUAACUCCAAUCAAUUUCUCAAUUUUUCAGGCUGUGGGAACACCUUGAACUGCAACCAUCCGGUUGUGAUGGAACUUAUACUUGAUAGUUUGAGGCACUGGGUUAUGGAGUAUCAUGUAGAUGGAUUCAGGUUUGACCUGGCAAGUGUUCUUUGUCGUGGGACUGAUGGCUCUCCAUUGAAUGCACCUCCUCUAGUCAAGGGGAUUGCUAAGGAUGCUGUCUUGUCACGGUGCAAAAUUAUUGCCGAACCUUGGGAUUGUGGGGGUCUUUACCUGGUGGGAAGAUUUCCUAAUUGGGAUCGGUGGGCUGAAUGGAAUGGCAAGUAUCGUGAUGAUGUUAGAAGAUUCAUAAAGGGUGACUAUGGCACAAAGGGGAGUUUUGCCACUCGAAUAGCAGGAUCUGCAGACCUAUACCAGGUAAACAAGCGCAAGCCAUACCACAGCAUGAAUUUUAUCAUUGCCCAUGAUGGGUUUACCUUGUAUGAUUUGGUUGCUUAUAAUUUUAAGCACAACGAUGCUAAUGGAGAAGGCGGCCAAGAUGGAAGUAAUGAUAAUUUUAGUUGGAACUGUGGUGUCGAAGGUGAAACUGAUGAUCCUGAACUACAGUCGCUACGAUCACGACAAAUGAAAAACUUCCAUUUGGCAUUGAUGAUCUCACAGGGAACACCAAUGAUUUUAAUGGGAGAUGAAUACGGCCACACCCGCUAUGGGAACAACAACAGUUAUGGGCAUGAUACAUCCAUCAACCAUUUCCAAUGGGGACAGCUACAGGAGAAGAGAAAGGAUCACUUCAGGUUUUUCUCCGAAAUAAUUAAAUUCCGUAGAAGGAAUCCUCUUUUGGGACGUGAGAAAUUUCUUGACAAGAGUGAUAUUACUUGGCAUGAGAAUAACUGGGACAACUACAACAGCAAAUUCCUUGCCUUCACGCUCCAUGACAGCAAGCUUCGCAGCGACAUCUACUUGGCUUUCAACGCACAUAACUACUUUGUCAAUGCCGUGAUGCCCCCACCUCCUCUUGGAAGAAAAUGGUUUCGAGUGAUCGACACCAAUCUUCUUUCUCCAGACGAUUUUGUUCAGGAUGGUGUUACUGGCAUUAAAGAUGCUUACAAUGUUGCCCCGUACUCCUCCAUUCUUCUUGAAGCAAAACAGUCCUCGUAGAGCAACAAUAACCCUGCGUCAGUUGCUAACAGAUUUAGUUUAGUGUUCCUGAUCGCUGUAGAAAUGGCCCUUAUGAUUAUUGUAUUCAACCAACCACAUUGUCAAUGUCUAAAACCCUGGCAGGAAUAAGGAAACUCAAGCAUUUGGAAGCAUGUUCUGUAGAGUCCUAAAAUUAUUGUAACAAUGCAUACAAAGAUGAAUAAAGGUUCCAAGAAUGCCAAUCUUGAAAGAUUGAAUAUUACUGCUU